AAGCAAUACAUUCGUUUCAAUCGCUUUCUACACUCGCUUUUCAGCACUUUACAUUCGUUCCUUCACUUCUUUUUACCAAUUACACAAAGUCCCAUUACUGCUAGCCAGAAUGAAGUUCUCCGCCUCCGCCAUCGUCCUCAGCGCCGUCGCCCAAGUGGCCACUGCCCAUUACUUCUUUGACACCAACGUCAUGAAUGGUGUUGCCCAGCCGCAGUUCAAAUACGUCCGCCCGUCCACUCGCAAGGUCGCGUACAACCCCAUCAAGUUCUCCUCCAACCCGGCGGCGGACAUCCGUGAUGGCUCCACCGCCGAUGGUCCCGAUAUCGUCUGCAACCAGGGUGGCGCUAAGACCGGUGGUAAGGUCCAAGUCCUGACCGUCAACGCCGGCGAGGACGUUACCCUCAAGCUCGCUGUUGGUGCCAAGUUCCAGCACCCCGGCCCUUCCCUGGUCUACAUGUCCGCCGCUCCCGGCAGCGUCCAGUCGUACGACGGAUCUGGCCCGUGGUUCAAGAUCUUUGAUGAGGGUGACUGCGGUAGCGGUGACUUCACCAGCACCUCCUGGUGCAGCUACAACAAGGACACUGUCACUGCCACGAUCCCCAAGGACACUCCCAACGGAGAGUACCUCAUGCGUUUCGAGCACAUUGGUGUCCACCGCUCCCACGUCAACCAGCCCGAGCACUACGUCUCUUGCAUGCAGGUCAAGGUUCAGGGUGGUGGUAGUGGUACUCCUGGCCCCACUGUCAAGUUCCCCGGUGCUUACAAGGCCACCGAUCCCUACGCCAACUUCAGCAUCUACAACGGCCGCAAGGCCUUCCCCAUGCCCGGCCCUGCUGUCUGGAAGGGCGGUGCUGGUGGCUCUUCCUCCUCUGCUCCCGCCAAGGAGGAGGUCUCCCCUGCCCCUGCCUCUCCCGCUGCUCCUGCCAAGUCCACCAUGGCCACUGUUGUUGCUCCCGCCCCGGCUGCCCCUACCAAGGAGGCUGCCCCCGCUGCUGGCUGCGCUUCCAUGUACGGACAGUGCGGUGGCAAGGGCUUCUCCGGUGCUAAGUGCUGCGCCAAGGGUAGCUGCAAGGCUGCCAACGACUGGUACUCCCAGUGUGUCUAAGAAGCUAGCUAGUGUGCUAGGAUUUACUCGGAGAUUUGUGUAUACUUCCCAUUCUUUGUGUCUAUAAGCGAGGCGUUGCAUUAGUGAACCUCUGUUUUCUGGGCACCGUUCUCUUGGUAGAACACCCCUUUACCCUUCUGUUUGCCUGGUGGAUGUGGUUCAAUCCUGUAUAAUAGCAAUAUCACAUCAUUAGUCCUAUUC